UAGUGUCGCCCCAAUCAAACAAACCCGUAAUGGGUAUCGUCCAGGAUACAUUAUGUGCUGUUCGAAAAUUCACUAAGAGCGAUUGUUUUUUAUCAAAAGAUUUGGUAAUGAACAUUUUGAUGUGGGUAUUAGAUUGGGAUGGUCGUCUUCCGAUUCCUUGUAUCUUAAAACCCAUUCCUUUAUGGACUGGUAAACAAAUUCUAAGUAUGAUUAUUCCUAAAGAUAUUUCUCCUGGUGAUACUAAAGUUUUGAUAGAAGAUGGAGAGCUACUUUGUGGUAUCGUGUGUAAAAAGACAGUUGGUGCGACACAUCAAGGUUUAGUUCAUGUUAUUAUGAAUGAAUUAGGGCCUGAAAAAGCAAAGGACUUUUUAAACGGAUGUCAAGCUGUUGUCAACCAAUGGUUGCUACAAAAUGGGUUUAGUAUUGGCAUUGGUGAUACGAUCGCUGAUGACGAAACAAUGAAAAAUAUUACUAAUACAAUUAGUAAUGCCAAAUCACGUGUAGCUGAAAUUAUUGUGGAGGCACAACAGGACAAAUUAGAAUGUGCUCCUGGUAUGACUAUACGGGAAACAUUUGAACAUAGAGUCAAUAAAGAACUAAAUACUGCUCGUGAUGCUGCUGGAAAAAGCGCGGAACAAAGUUUAAAAGAAGAAAAUAAUGUCAAACAAAUGGUUAUUGCUGGCUCGAAAGGUUCCUUUAUUAAUAUUUCACAAAUGACAGCUUGUGUCGGUCAGCAGAACGUUGAGGGCAAACGUAUACCGUUCGGAUUUAAAUUCCGUACUUUGCCACAUUUUACAAAGGAUGACCAUAGCCCAGAAAGUCGUGGAUUUGUCGAAAAUUGUUACCUUCGUGGUUUAACACCACAGGAAUUUUUCUUUCACGCUAUGGGUGGACGUGAAGGUUUAAUCGACACUGCUGUAAAAACCGCAGAAACCGGUUAUAUUCAACGUCGUUUGGUGAAAGCCUUGGAAGAUGUGAUGGUUAAGUACGACGGGACAGUUCGUAAUUCUCUCGGCGACAUUGUUCAAUUUUGUUAUGGAGAAGAUGGGAUGGAUGCAUGUUUCGUUGAGCCACAGACUUUUGAUACUUUACCAAUGAGUAACGCAGAAUUUGAUAACAAAUAUCUCAUAGAACUCACUAAAGAUGACGAAAAGAAUAAAGAAAAAGAGACCAGCCAACAGGAUGACAACGAUUUAGUUCAACCAAAGAAGCCUAAAACUCAGCAAGAAAUAAUUCGAGAAAAAAUUGUUGAAGAAUAUAUGCAAUUAAAACGAGAUCGUGAAAUGCUGCAACGAGACAUUUUUCCAAACGGUGAUAAUAAGUGGCCGUUACCUGUUAAUAUUAAACGUCUUAUUAAAAAUGCCCAACAAAAGUUCAACAUUAGACCUUCACGCUGGACUACUACUGAUUUGCAAUACCAUGAGGUAAUAAACAGUGUUGAAGAAGUUAUGUCGAGAUUAUUGGUAGUUAAAGGAAAUGAUCAAAUCAGUCAUGAAGCACAGACGAACGCAACUACAUUGUUUAAAAUCUUAUUAAGAUCAUGGUUAGCAAGUCGACGUGUAAUUGAAGAAUUCCAUCUCAAUUCUCAAGCUCUAAAAUGGGUUUUAGGUGAAGUCGAAUCAAGGUUCCGGAAAUCUCUUGUUUCUCCCGGAGAAAUGGUUGGAACAGUUGCCGCGCAGUCUAUUGGAGAACCUGCUACACAAAUGACAUUGAACACCUUCCAUUAUGCCGGUGUUGCAAGUAAAAACGUCACACUUGGUGUUCCUCGUCUUAAAGAAAUUAUUAAUGUUGCCAAAAACAUAAAAACACCUUCACUCCAUGUGUUCCUCACGGGUGAAUAUUCCCUUUCAAUGGAGGCUGCCAAAGAAAUCCAAAGUGCGAUAGAGUACACUACUCUGAAGACUGUAACCCAACGCACGGAGAUAUGGUAUGAUCCUAAUCCUCAUAGUUCUAAUAUUGAAGCAGAUAAAGAUUUCGUUGAAUUGUAUUAUGAAAUGGAAGAAAGUGAGGAAUCUGAUGAAGGUGGCUACCAGUCUCCUUGGGUUUUACGUUUUGAACUCAAUCAUGGUGUGAUGCUUGAUAAAAAGCUUCAAAUGGAUAUGGUUGGACGCAAAAUACAGCAAAGUUUUAAGGAUGAUAUUCAUGCUAUAUGGAAUGACGACAAUUCUGAACUGAAAGUUAUUCGCUGUCGAAUUAAAAUUGCACCUGGUAUUGACAAAGAAAGUACAGAUGACUCUGGUCACAAGAUUGAAGAAGAUGUGUUUUUAAAACGUGUCGAAAAUAAUAUGUUGACAACUAUUGGUCUUCGUGGUAUUAAAGGAAUUAAUCGUGUUUAUUUGACCGAAAGUAAAAAAACUCGCAUUUGCAUUAACGACAUGGGUAAAAUAAUGAAAGAGGAUGAGACAAUACUUGAAACUGAUGGUACAAACUUGCAAGAAGUGCUAAACGUCGACCAUGUAGAUUAUAAGCGCACUUACUCCAAUAAUUGUGUAGAAAUUAUGCAAGUUUUAGGUAUUGAGGCGACACGAGCUGCGUUGUUGAAAGAACUUCGAGAUGUUAUACAGUUUGAUGGGUCGUAUGUUAAUUAUCGUCAUUUGGCUCUUUUAUGUGAUGUGAUGACUUCUCGUGGUCAUUUAAUGGCGAUUACCCGGCAUGGAAUAAACCGUGCUGAAACCGGUGCUUUAAUGAGGUGCUCUUUUGAAGAGACAGUAGAGAUAUUAAUGGAAGCAGCUGCCGCUGGAGAAGUUGAUGAUUGUAGAGGGGUGGCGGAAAAUAUUAUGUUAGGACAAGUUGCACCUCUAGGAACCGGGGAAUUUGAUAUAUAUCUUGAUCAGGAUAUGCUAAAAACAACCGCACCGUCUAGUGAAAGUGCAAAAGCUGGAAUUCCAUUUGGCAUGUCUGAAACACGACGUCAAAUGGGUAGCAUGACUCCUUCACAUGCUAUGAAUGCACCUAUGACACCCUAUGCUCUUGGUAAUCGAACUCCUUCGCAUAUGAUGUCUCCAAUGUAUGGUAGUGUAUCACCACAAUAUAAUUAUGUCCCUUCUUCACCGGCAUUUUCGCCUGUUCUUGAACCUGGAAGUACAAAACCCAUUACUGUUGGGAGUUAUCCGUGGUCAAGCCCAUAUACUUCACAAAGUCCUAUUUAUGGCCCUUCAUCACCGACUUACUCUCCAAGUUCACCAGGAGCGCCCUUCGCUCAUUCUCCGGCACCUGCAUUUACUCCGCAAAGUCCUGCAUAUAGUCCAACUAGUCCUCACUAUUCACCAACUAGUCCUCAACCUUAUGUUAUUGGAUCUAUUGGUAAUUAUUCUGCAACCCCAUCAAAUUAUAAUCGACCGGCAACAAGCCCUAGUUAUUCCCCGAACUCCCCAAGCUAUUCGCCGACAUCUCCAAGUUAUUCACCAACAUCCCCAAGCUAUUCACCUACCUCACCCAACUAUACUCCUACUUCACCGAGAUAUUCGCCUACUUCUCCAAGUUAUUCUCCAACUUCACCCAAUUAUUCGCCAACCUCUCCACGAUAUUCACCAACGUCACCUAAUUAUACACCCACAUCUCCAACAUAUUCACCUACGUCUCCAAC